UGGCCUUUCACCUCGCCCGAGCACCAGUGCCUGGCAGCCACACUCGGAGGAUUGUUUGUUAAUAGUCUAAUUAGAUAAUUGCCAUCUUUCACUCCUUUUGCUCUACAUUUCCCAUAAAGGGUUGAAUAAGAAGAGCAGCGUGAAGAGGGCUUCUGCCCUGCGAGGUGAUGAGGAGGUCUGGAGCAGGCUAUUCGCACAAGGCCGCUUGCCUGAAUUGAAUCAUUGUAGCCUAAUCAAUAGCUUUAUUGGAUUACUGGCCAUCGCUGCUCCCGCAGAUAUUGUUACGGCCACAAUGCAACGGCUAGGGUGACACUUUUUUUUUUUUAGUUGUGAUUUUCCGCACUGUCUGUUCCUGGUGGAUAUAUAUGAAAAGAAGGACUUGCUUUUAAUUAGAAGAUCCUGAAGGUGGCUCAGAGUACUGCCAGGGACACUAAGAACGGCCGAGCUGUCUCGGGCAAGUGGAACAUGGAUGAUGGCGGCGGAGCUGCCUCGUGAAUAAAAGAGAAGGCUUCAGUGGAAUCAGCUGGAGGGGCUUUGAAACGAAAAAAUAAAGGGCACUUCCUUCUGCAGCCUCCUGCGUGCAACAGGGAAGAGCAUGCUGCAGAAGGAUUGCUGACAUCGCUUAAUUCACAGAAGGGGGAAGAAAAGCCACCAACCAAUAAUAGGAAGAAUAACAAUAAUAAUUAGAAACACAAAAAGAGAAGAAGUCGAACAAGAAGUCUAAUGAAAGGCAGCCUCUACUAGCCUCUAGAAGUUGAACAUGAAGGAGUGCGCGCCAGGGAUUUCAGGAUGAAACACCUCAGAAGUUUUUCGAGAAGUCUCAUUCAACGGUCGUGUGUGUUGCAGGCGGGCCACCGAGACCAAUCAUUUCACUUUAUUCGCCUUCUGAAUUCUGCUUGACUGGGGACGGAGCACAGAAACCGUCUAUUAAGACCCACUAUAUUAUCCAAACAAUUUAGUGUAUUCAUGAGGAAACGCAAAUGUGGAGGCUGCAAAAUUACCGUAAUCAAUUGAAACAGCAAGCGUGCGUCCGUCUGACUCUGAUUAUUUGGAGAUCAUCUAACAUCUAGAUGUGCCUGCGAUGAGGCUGAGGCAUUAAAUCACGGUGGAGUUCUUCUAAGAGGAAGCCCCUGAUCAUUGGGCAAAGUGAAUCUGGACAACCAUCAUAGGACAGCGAAACGGAUGAACCAAAUAUCUCUCGUUGCAUUAGGAAGCCGUUCUUGUGUUGAAAAGGAGCUUUAAAAUUCAUCAGCUGGACAGAACAGUGUGCAAUAUUGCCAACUCCAUCCAGAAGUAAUUUUGCACAUACAGUAUAUGUGUGUGUGACUUUCUGGGGGGGGGCUUUUUUUUUUUUUUUUUUUUUUGCACUACGUGUUCGAGAGACACCAAGCAGCAUGGAUAUCCGAUAUAAUCAAGAUGCCGAGACCAACGUUGUGCUGAAGAAUGGGCUCAAGGAAGGGAAAGAUAGCAAGGAAUCCCAAGGAAACCUUUCGAAAACAUUUCUGAAGGAGCAGCAGGAUACUUUUUCAGCUUCAGGCUCAGCAGAAAACUGUGAAAAAAACAAAGGCAACUCCACAGAUCCGGACUACUGCAGGAGGAUACUGGUCAGAGAUGCCAAAGGGUCCAUCAGAGAGAUCAUUCUGCCAAAGGGUUUGGAUCUGGACCGGCCGAAGCGCACCCGAACAUCGUUUACAGCCGAGCAGCUCUACAGAUUAGAAAUGGAGUUUCAGAGAUGUCAGUACGUGGUGGGACGAGAACGAACAGAGCUGGCAAGGCAGCUUAAUCUGUCUGAGACUCAGGUAAAAGUCUGGUUCCAGAACAGGCGCACUAAACAAAAGAAAGACCAAGGCAAGGAUUCUGAGCUUCGCUCGGUGGUCUCGGAAACUGCAGCCACCUGCAGUGUUUUGAGGCUUCUGGAGCAGGGCCGCUUACUGCCACCACCAGGCUUGCCUGGACUUCUGCCUCAUUGUGCCAACACCACCCUAGGAUCAGCCUUGAGAGGCCCAUCCAUGAACAUUGCCAGCAAUGGCACCGGUACAACAGGCUCAGGAACAGCUGGGAGUUCACCAUCAUUACCUGCAGUAACCACAUCUGGAGCACCUUCUGGCCUGCCCACCUCACCACCAGGCCACGGCCUGUUUAGCUUCCCAAUGCCCUCUCUCUUAGGUUCGGUUGCCAGUCGGCUUUCAUCAAACCCCUUAACCAUGGCUGGAUCGUUGGCGGGAAACUUGCAAGAACUGUCGGCUAGAUAUCUGAGCUCAUCGGCCUUUGAACCUUAUUCUAGGACCAACAGUAAGGACGUUAUGGACAAAAAAGUCCUGGACUGACUGACCUCUUUAUCUUCUGUCUUUGCAUCUUGUUUUUCUGUUGUUGAUUCACCUAUGAGGAGCCAAUAAAUGUUUUCACACUGAAAGUUC